UCAGAAAGUUAAGGUAUGACUAGACGUAGUUGUACCGCUACUUUGCUUUUAAAAACGUUAUAUCCUGCUGCAAAUUCAAGUAAAAAAGAUUUGUAAUAUCACUUUAAUAUGUAGGCUAAUUGUGUCAACCAUGACACCUUGACCACAGAGAAUUUCUCUUAAACGUGAGAAAUUUUACUUGUUCACGGCAAGGAAAAACAGGGACGGGCUCACGGCGUUGUCUUCCUUUGGAACACCGCUAGGUGUGGUCUUGUGACCAAAUACGGACUCUUCCGUAAUUCAGCAACAGUCUGCGUAGUUCGAUACCAAGAGGUGAGACCAGACAAACAGACGUCAGUUGAAUUGUCGGGAGCUAGGACUCUUCUAACAGGUGCUGAAUUUUUACAAAAUGAGUGCUUACGGCGGGUCCAAUCCCAGAAUUAAUACUCUCGGACGGAGAAUUAAUUCAAGAACAGAUCUUUCCGGAGGUUAUAACUUCGUUGGUGGAAAUGGACAUCAAACCGAGUAUGUGGAAUACCAUACUUCGAAAAACUCCUUGGCUGGUGGUGGUGGAGGAGGUGGAGGACAAGGAGGAGCAUAUCAAUUGCAAAGGAAGGCUCAGUAUCUACAUUCACAGUGUGUAGAGGCCUUGGAGAGAGCUAAUAACAUCUUUCAAACUGAGGGGUCAUCACCGGAGGCGAACAGAUUAAUGGCCAUGGCCAAUGAAUGUAUCGAUCAACUCAGGGCCAUAGCCAUGGAGCUGCAAUCUAUGGGUCAGCCCAAUGAGAAUGUCCGAAUGAGUAUUUUUGCAGUCCAGAAGAUGAUGUCAGAGAUCCAAAAUUACAGUGGAACCACUCAGAGGAAGAACCGUGGAAGCAUUGGCUGGGAUGAACCUAGCAAGAACUUCAAUGAUGCCAUAGGAUGGAUCAACCAGCAGAAGCGGCUGAUUGAGAAGGCUCCAUUCGGUGAUGACGCAGAAGCUAUUGAGCAGCAGAUGUCGAAGCAUAACAAGUACCACAGCUCCCUGCAACACAGCAUGGAGGUGGACAGAGCGCGCAGCGAGCUGACUUCAAAGGGAGAUAAAUCUUCCCUGCAUGCCCUGGACCAGGAAUGGGAGACUUUACAGAAAAUGUCACACAGCCGCACAACUCAUCUGAGGGAUCUUCAGGGCAUCAUUCAGGAGAUCUCCAGAGCCAUCAUGUGGGUGAACGAGCACGAGGAGGAAGAGCUGGUGUUCGACUGGGGUAACAAGAACAUCGACGUCUACAUUCCCAACAAACAGGAAAGCUACUCUAGACUUAUGAGUGAACUUGAGGUGAAAGAGAAGGAUUUGAACAAACUAAAGCACAAAGUGGACAUCCUACUGAAAAACAACCAUCCGGCCUCUGAUAAGAUAGAGGCUUACAUGGACACCCUGCAGACCCAGUGGAGCUGGCUCCUGCAAAUCACCAAGUGUCUCCAUGUCCACCUGAAGGAGAAUGCUGCCUACAGCCAGUUCUUCAAGGAGGCCGGCGAGACCUACGUCAAGCUGCAGAAGGAGCACGACUCCAUCCGAAAAAGAUUCUCCUGCGACAGAUCCACUCCCCUGGAGACGCUCAACGAUCUGCUGCGCCACCUGGAGAAAGAAAAAGAGCGGCUCUCGGAGCAUAAGAGGCAAGUCCAUACACUGGUCAACAAGUCAAAGGGCAUCAUCCGCCUGAAGCCUCGCAACCCAGAGGAGAAGAGCAACAGCCCAGUGAUAGUGGAGGCUCUGUGUGACUUCAAACAGGACCAGAAGGGCAUCCUCAAGGGAAACGAGGCCAUCAUGAAGGAUAACUCGCAGCGCAGCAAGUGGCUGGUGACCGGACCGGGGGGUCUGGAGAUGAUGAUUCCCUCUGUGUGCCUCAUCGUUCCACCCCCGAACCCGCUCAGCAUCGACGUGGCCAACAAAAAUGAGCAGUACUACGAGGCCAUCUCGAACAUCUGGAGCCAGCUGUACAUUAAUAUCAAGAGUCUCAUAUCCUGGCAGUACUGCGUGAAAGAUAUAAAUCACAUCAACUCCCUCACCCUCACUGUGUUGUCAAAAAUGCGACCAGAGGAGUACCGCAGUAUCAUAAAGCGUCUGGAGACCCACUACCAGGAGUUCCUGCGCAACAGUCACGGCUCUGAGAUGUUUGGCGACAAGGACAAGCGCGAGAUAGAGUCGAAGUACAGUGAUGCCCAGACUCACUACGACAAACUGGUGGUCCAGAACGCUUCCCAAAACACCUCCCAGGUGAAGAAGGAGGUGGUGACAGUGGUGGAGACACCCGCGCCACGGCCAGUGGUCUCGGUGCUGAGCGUGAGCCUGCUCUCGGAGCUGAACACGCUGCGUCGGCGUCUGGAGGCGGCAGAGCAGGGCCUCACCCGCCAGCUGCACGUGCCCCUGAAGGAGAACAGCGUCCAGGACUGCUCCCAGCGCCUGCUCCUCCUCCAGGGUGUUCACCAUGAUUUGGACGGCAUCCGUGAUGAAUACCUGAAACUCCGGGAGAGAAUUCUGCACCAGCUGCAAGGGGCUGACCCCGAGCAGGCCAAGUACCUGCGCUGUGAGCUGGACAUCAUCAACCAGAAACUGGGCAGUCUGCAGGGCUUCUCCACGGCAUACCUACAAAGGCUGACUGCCCUGAGGGCCUUGUUCCAAAGCCUGGUCCAGGGUGAGGAUAUCAUCAAGGUGCACGAAGCCCGUCUGACUGAGAAAGACACGUCCUCCCUGGACCUGAAUGAAAAUGAGGAGUACUGCGCCACCCUUAAGGAAAUGAAGUCUGAAUUGGACCAGAAGAAGGAAGUGUUGAAUGCUAUGGAGUCCGAGCUUGGAAAGGCAAUUCACUGGAAUGGGCAGAUUGACCACUCCUUCCACCAGUGUGAUGUAGAUCUGUCCAAGUACUCAGAUCUAGUAGGACAGAUGACGGACCGCUGGCGUCGCAUCCAGGCACAGAUUGAUAGCCGUAUGUGGGACCUGGAUAAACAGGAGAAGCAGCUGAAGCACUACCAGCAGACCAGUGACCAGCUCACCCAGUGGACUGAGGACGCGCGCCAGCGCCUGGAUACCCUGCAGGCCGCCAAGUUCAGAGAUGUGCCGGCCCUCAUGGACCACCUCAGCCAGCACAAGGUGCUGCACGGUGAAAUCAAGGGAAAAAAGGAGAAGGUUGAAAAUGUCCAGAAAGACGCAGACACGUGUGCCUCCUCCAUCAAGGAUUAUGAAAUGCAGCUGGCCUCUUAUAGUGCUGGACUGGAGACACUCCUUAACAUCCCCAUCAAGAGAACCAUGCUGCACUCUCCAACUGUGAUCAUCAGAGAAGAGGCAGCAGAUCUGCAGUCUCGCUACAUUGAACUCCUGACACGCUCGGUUGACUACCACAAGUACCUUGGAGAACUGCUGAAAAACAUGGAGGAACUUAAGAUGAGAAACACUAAAAUUGACUUCUUGGAAGAGGAACUGAAACGCCUAAAGGAUGACCUUCAAGACAAAGCCCAAACAAAUCAAUCCCUACAGGACAGUCUCUCCCGCUUUCACAUAGAGCUCAACCAGUCCAAAGAACAGCUCAUCACCGUAGAGGAAGUGAAGAGAGAUGUUACCCGGCAGUGCAACGCUACCAAGGAGAGUCUCGACAGCACCUCCCUGCAAGUGAGGGAGCUGAACGAUCAGCUUACUCGCCUCACCUACCAGAUUGAUGAGGAGAAACGCAAGAGGAGGCUAGCCGAGGAGCGCUACACCAGCCAGCAGGAGGAGUAUGAGGUCACCAUCCGAAAAAGGCAGAAGGAGCUGGAAGAGCUCAACUGGGCCAAGAUCGACUUUGAGAAAGCGGUGAAGGACAAGGAGCGUGAGAUCGAGCGGCUGAAGAGGCAGCUGGAAGAGGAGUCUGCGCAGAGGAAGGCGGCCGAGUCUGAGACCUCAAAGGUAAGAACCCAGUGCAACCAGGAGAUAAGUACCGUUAAGAAAACAUAUGAAAGCGAGAUCCAUGUCACCAAGACCAACAUCCUCAAGACCACCCAGCAGAAGGAGGAGGAUAUCAGUGGACUCAGACUGAGAUGCGACAAGCUGUCUGGGGAGAAGAGAGACUUGGAGGAAGAGCUCAGGAGACUACAGUUGUCUCUGAGCCAGAUGGAAGAGGCCAGACGAAAAGCUGAGGGCGAAGCCCACCAGCAGAGGUCCACUGGCACAGAGGAGGGGAGAAGGAGGAGGGAGCUGGAAAUACAGAUCCAAACUAUGGUGCAGACGAGGACAUCGGACGAACAAAGAUACAAGGAUUCCCUGGCGCAGGCCUUGAAGGAUGUUCAGGAGAAGAACCAUCAAAUCACGUUGCUCGAACAAAACCUUGAGGAAGAGACCAGAAGGCGUAAAGCAUUGGAGACUGAAGGCCACACGCUGAAGCAAACUCAGGUGCAGCUGCAGAGCAGGAACAUCUCAUCACUGGAGACCAUCAAGAAGCUAGAGAUCUCCGACCAAGAGCUGUGCCUGAUCCGAGUGCAGCUGGAGAAGCAGAAGAGUGAGAAGGACCAGUUGGGCAAAUAUGUCACCCAGAUGCAGAUACGCAUCACAGACCUCCAGGCAGUGGUGGACCAGCUGGAGAACGAGCUGGAGAGUGAGAAGAAGAGUAAACAGGACGAGUUCACCAACAGGAAGCGUGUGGAGACUGAACUCCAGAGAGUGAAUAUGUCCUGCAAAGAAUACACCACCACCAUCAACAGCCUCAAAGUGCGGCUGGAGGAGGACUCCGCCUCAGAGAGGAGGGCCGGCCAAGACCUCCGCGCGCUCCAGGAGGCUCUAGACAAGAGUCUGAGGGAGAACAAGGCCGCCACUGACAAGCUGAACACACUGACUGCCGAGCUGAAGGCUCUGCAGCAGCAGCUGCUACAAGAGCAGGCCAAAGUCCGCGAGGCAAACCAGCGCAACGAAACCCUGUACAAGACCAUCGAAGAGAAAAGCCGAGUGCUCAAUGACAAUACUAUGGAGAUCGAGAAGCUCCAGAGCCUCACACAGAAGUUAACCAAGGAGCGUCUGAGGCUGGAGGAAGAGCUCCGCUCCGUACGCCAGGAGAGAGAUGACCUGAAGCAGAGCAAGAAUGCCAGCGAAAGCGAGAGGACUUCUCAAAUAUCAGCCCUUCAGCUGCAGUUGCAGAACAGCACUAAAAUGUCCCUGGAGCAUCAGGCUCUCAUCAAUGAGCUAACUAAAGAGAGAGAGGCCUUAAAGGUGGAAAUGUCCAAAAUCCAAAACCAGGCCAUGGAGACAUCCAUGUUGAUACACGAGUCACAAACGCAUUACAACGAAGUUCGCCAGGAGAGAGAUAGCCUGCUGGCUAAGCUCAAGAUGCUGGAGCAAGAUAAGGGGAAGUUGCAGAAGCUUGAAAAUGAGCUGAACCGCAUCAAGGUGUCUAUGGAAUCUGAACUACGGCUCAAGCAGCGCCUGCAGGAUGAGCUGGACAAAAUGACAAAGGACUUCAACUACUGGAAGAGUCAGUAUGAGAUCAAGGAAAGACAGGUGACAGAGUGCUCUACAGGGAAGGACAAGGCAGAGAGAGACCGGAGUUCGCUUUUGAGCGAUGUUGAGAGGCUGAAGCUGGAGCUGAGGAGCCUGGAGGACCGCUACAAGGGCAAGCUGCAGUGCUCUGAGAGGGAGAUUGUGGAGCUCACCCAGAGAAGAGAGGCUUUGGAGAGGGAGAUCAGAAAGCUACAGCAGCGCCCGGACGCCUCCUGCAAGCAAACGCAGACGGACGAGAAGGCCAAGACAGUGGACCCAUCCAAGCUGGUGUUUGACGGUGUGCGGCGCAUGGUCAGCGCGCAUCAGCUGUGCGAUUGCGGAAUCAUUGACAAGGCCACACUGGACAAGCUGCUGAAAGGCCAGAAGACCGUGUCUGAGGUCAGUGUCGACAUUCAGCUCAGCCUCAAGGGCACAGGUGUCAUCGCCGGCAUGGUGCAAGGCUCCCAGGGCAGAAUGCCUUUUACUGAAGCCAGGGGCAGAAAUUUGCUGAGUAAUGAAAGUGCUAUUAUGCUUCUGGAAGCCCAGGCAGCAACAGGCCACAUUUUGGAUCCCAAGUUCAAUGAGAAAAUGUCGGUAGAUGCUGCAUGUUCCAGAGGUGUGGUAGACACAGAGGACAGAGAUGUGUUGAUCACAGCUGAGGCAGCUAGCACAGGGUUCAAAGAUCCCUUCUCUGGAAAACUCCUUUCCGUUGGUCAGGCUUACAAGAAAGGGCACGUUGACAAGGAGACAACCUUGCGUCUUCUUCAAGCACAGGAAUCAGUUGGUGGCAUCCUGGACCCAGUGCUGAGUGUUUACCUGCCCAAGGACGCAGCCCUUGACCGUAACCUGAUUGAUGAGGAGCUUUACCGGGCCCUGAACAAAAAACCUCCCUGCUACUUGGACCCAGACACCCAGCAGAAGGUCACCUACACUGACUUAAAGAAGAAGUGCAGAAUGGAACCCGCCACAGGAAUACUUCUGCUCCCUGCCACAGACAAACCCCUGACGGUGAAAGGUCUCCGUGGAGAGGUCUCAGUCAGUGAUCUGGUAGAUGCCCAAUUGCUGGAUAAAAGUGAUGUGACUAAGUUAAACCAAGGAACCCUCACAAGUAAAGAUAUAGAGGACAAGCUGAAGUCCUACUUACAUGGCUCUGACUGCAUCGCAGGAAUCUACGAUGAGGCCAAUGACCGAGUUAUGGCCUUUUACCAGGCCAUGAAAGAGGGGCUCCUGAGACGAGGCACCACUCUGGAGCUUCUGGAGGCCCAGGCUGCCUCUGGAUUCAUGAUAGACCCAGUCCAGAACGUGUCUCUGACUGUGGAUGAGGCCUACAAGAGAGGCCUGGUGGGCAAGGAAUACAAAGACAAACUGCUCUCUGCAGAGAGGGCCGUCACCGGAUACAAAGAUCCACACUCAGGAAAGACCAUCUCACUUUUCCAGGCCAUUGAAAAAGAUCUUAUUGAGAAGGGCCAUGGUAUCAGGCUGCUGGAAGCUCAGAUUGCAAGUGGCGGCAUCAUUGAUCCUUUACAUAGCCACCGCAUUGACGUGGAUGUAGCCUACAAGAGAGGUUACUUCAAUCAAGAAAUGAGCGAAAUCCUGAGCUAUGAAGGGGAUGACACCAAAGGCUUUUUUGACCCUAACAGUCACGAGAAUCUGACAUAUCUGCAGCUGAAGGAGAGGUGCAUAAAAGACCCCAAGACUGGGCUCCUCCUCCUCCCACUCAAAGACAAGAAGAAGCAGAAGCAGCAGCAGUCCACGCAGAAGAACACACUCCGCAAAAGAAGGGUUGUGAUUGUGGACCCCGACACAGGCAAAGAGAUGACAGUGCGGGAGGCCUACCACCGAGAGCUGAUCGACUAUGAAACCUUCCUGGAACUAUCUGAACAAGAGUGUGAAUGGGAAGAGAUCACCAUUACAGCAUCAGACGGCAGCAUCCGAUUGGUCGUGGUGGACCGCAAAACAGGCAUGCAGUACGACGUCCAGGAGGUUCUGAACAAGGGCAUAAUUGACCAGGCCACGCUUGACCGGUACCACUCAGGGGAGAUGACUCUUACACAGUUAGCAGAUCUCAUCACCAAAGACACCAAAAGUUCAGAGCUCGCAAUAGUCUCCAGCAGUGCGGACGAUGUAGUCACAUGCAGCGACCCCACCCAUCUGGGUCCAUCCUCACCAACCAUCCGAAAGCGCUUCGCCAGUGUCUCCAUCACCCUCUCCCCUCCAGCAGAGAUGCUUGAUGACCAGAGUCCCGUGGCUGCCAUUUUUGACACAGAAACCUUGGAGAAGGUCACCAUCCCCGAAGCAAAGCGCCGUGGUAUCAUUGACACUAUCACAGCCCAGAGGCUUCUGGAGGCUCAGGUCUGCACCGGAGGCAUCAUCAACCCGUCCACUGGUCAGAGGCUCUUGCUGCAGGAUGCCGUUCACCAGGGCAUUAUCGACGAAGACAUGGCUUCUAAGUUAAAGCCAGCACAGAAAGCCUAUGUCGGAUUUGAGGACGUCAAGACAAAAAGAAAAAUGUCAGCUGCAGAGGCUAUGAAGGAGAAAUGGCUUCCAUAUGAGGCCGGUCAGAGGUUCAUGGAGUUCCAGUACUUGACAGGCGGUCUGCUAGAGCCGGCUACUGGCCAGCGGGUCAGCAUUGAGGAGGCCAUCCGUAGAGGAUGGCUGGACGGGCGCAACGCACAGAAGCUCCAAGACACCAAGAGCUACCUCAAGAUGCUCACGUGCCCCAAGACCAAGCUGAAAAUCUCCUACAAAGAAGCCAUGGAUAAGUGCAUGGUCGAGGAGAACAUGGGAAUGAAGAUGCUCCAGGCCUCUUCCAUGUCCACCAAGGGCAUAAGCAGCCCUUACAACGUGUCCUCUGGACCCAGCUCCCGAUCAGGCUCCAGGGCUGGUUCACGCACCAGCUCCCGUGCUGGUUCUCGAAGAGGCAGUGUCGACUACUCCUCCGCAUUCAAUUACAGCAGCUUCACCACCUCCUCCCAAACAUUCAGCUCUGGGUCCCAGACAUAAUAAAGACAGGCAGUGAGGGAGAGAUUCAUUCAUCAGAUGUAUAGUUGUAAUGCACAGGAGGCACUGAGUCACACUUUUACUCAUAUUACUGACCUUUACAGUUAAUCAUUUGGCAUUUCUGUAGUUAGGACUCAGGCCAGGGCACAGUUAGAGUAGAGUAUGUUGUCAGUAUGUUGUAUUGUUUUUUUUAAUCACUUCUUUACUAAUGGUGUGUGGUAAUCUUUGGUUAGCAUUCAUAUUAUAAUGCAAAGUUAUACUCUCUUCUGAAGUCAGAUAUUUGAGAGAUUUAUAUGAGAAAUUAUUUUACUCCUGAAAGAUUGGUAAUCUUAAAUUGUUUUGCCUAAAUUAAAAUUAUGAAGUGCCAUUGAGAUCAUUUGUUGUGCUUUGCUUUUUUCUUGUCUUACACUGUUUAAGGAACAUUUAUAGUAGAUGACUCAAAGUUUGUCUUUAGAUAAAAAAAAAAUGCCAUGAAAGGCUCUUGAUGUUUUGUAUUUGAGCAUAACAUUUAUAAACAUUAGUACUUUA